AAUGGAUCUGAAACCACUGCUGAGGAGAGCGGGCUGGAUAGUCCGUGGCUUCUUUACCUUCCUCUUCGCCCUCUGUGUCCUCGGGGUGAUGGUGUGGGCCUACGUACAGGGUUUCCAGCUGGUGUCGUCCCAGUACGGCAUCAUCGCCUUUGGCUUCUACGGCCUCCUGCUGGGACUCAGCGUGCUCCUCCAGAGCGUCUUUGCUUACGUGGAGCACCGGCGCAUGAGAGCCCGCAAAGCAGCCUUCACCAAGACCAUCGGCCUCACCAUCUCCGCCUACCAGGAGGACCCGGCCUACCUCCGGGAGUGCCUCCACUCCAUCCGGGGUCUCAAUUACCCCACAGAGCUGCUACGGAUCAUCAUGGUGGUGGAUGGAAACUCAGAGGCCGACCUGUACAUGCUGGAGAUGUUCCGGGAGGUGUUUUCCGACCAGGAUCCUGGCUGCUAUGUGUGGAGCAACAACUACCACACUUGGGACCCCACCAGAGAAGGGGGUGUGGCCGCAGCGAACGGCCAAGGGGGAGAUGCUGGGAUUGGAGAGGACCCUCAGAGAGAAGGGGAUGCUGGGAUGGGAGAGGACCCUCAGAGGAGGGAGGUGGAGGACCUGAUAAACAGCAGGAGAUGUGUGUGCAUCAUGCAGAAGUGGGGCGGGAAGAGGGAGGUCAUGUACACAGCAUUCAAGGCCUUGGGAUCCUCUGUAGACUACAUACAGGUGUGUGAUUCUGACACCAAGCUGGAUACUCUGGCCACACUGGAGCUGUGCAAAGUGCUGGAGAGCGACCCCAGCUACGGUGCGGUGGGAGGAGACGUGAUGAUCCUGAACCUGAAGGAGUCCUACAUCAGCUUCAUGAGCAGCCUCAGGUACUGGAUGGCCUUCAACAUCGAGAGGGCCUGCCAAUCCUUCUUCAACUGCGUCUCCUGCAUCAGCGGGCCCCUGGGACUGUACAGGAAUGACCUUCUCCAGCAGUUUCUAGAGUCCUGGUACAAUCAGAUGUUCCUGGGAACUCACUGCACAUUCGGGGAUGACAGGCACCUCACCAACCGAAUGCUCAGUAUGGGCUACGCCACUAAGUACACCGCACGCUCCAAGUGCUACACGGAGACUCCUGCUCAGUUCUUACGCUGGCUCAGCCAGCAGACACGCUGGACCAAGUCCUACUUUCGGGAAUGGCUGUACAAUGCCAUGUGGUGGCACAAGCACCACCUCUGGAUGACCUACGAGGCCAUCAUCUCUGGCGUCUUCCCCUUCUUCGUCACGGCGACCAUCAUCCAGUUAUUCUGGACGGGCACCUUGUGGAACAUCCUCUGGGUCCUCUGCUGCAUCCAGCUAAUUGGUCUGGUGAAGGCAGCGUAUGCCUACCUGCUGCGAAAAGACCUGGUGAUGGUGUUCAUGUCCCUGUACUCCGCCCUUUACAUGACCAGCCUGCUGCCUGCCAAGUACUUUGCCAUCCUCACCAUAAACAAGAGCAGCUGGGGGACCUCCGGCAGACUCAAGAUGGUGGGGAACUACAUCCCCCUGCUCCCCCUGUCGGUGUGGGCGGCCAUCUUGUUGAGUGGGCUGUCCUUCACCAUCUACAAGGAGACCCAGAAGGACUGGAACAGUGCAGCUAAGAUUGAGGAAACCAAGUUUCUGAUAUACGGUUCUGUUGCCUACGUGUGUUACUGGCUUUUCAUGGUCAUCCUCUACUGGGUGUGGUUCCGCAGGGCCUGCAGGAAACGCUCUCAGAGUUACAAUGUCAGUGUGUAG